CAUCCUGCACCGCGCCUCCACCAACGCACAGGUUUAUAUCUGGGUGUUGACACCUAGCCACUUCUCUGCCAAUGAAGUACAUCCUGGUCACUGGUGGGGUCAUCUCUGGCAUUGGUAAAGGGAUCAUUGCCAGCAGCAUUGGGAUGAUUCUAAAAUCAUGUGGACUCCGAGUCACUGCUAUCAAGAUAGACCCUUAUGUUAACAUUGAUGCUGGUACUUUUUCACCGUAUGAACAUGGUGAAGUGUUUGUCUUGAACGAUGGUGGGGAAGUUGAUUUAGACCUUGGGAAUUAUGAAAGAUUCUUGGAUAUUAACCUGUAUAAAGACAAUAACAUCACCACUGGGAAGAUCUGUCAGCAUGUGAUCAAUAAAGAGAGGCGUGGUGACUACCUGGGGAAAACAGUGCAAGUUGUUCCACACAUUACAGAUGCUGUCCAGGAAUGGGUUAUGAAUCAAGCCAAGGUGCCUGUGGACGGUCAUAAGGAAGAGCCCCAGAUAUGUGUUAUUGAGCUGGGAGGUACCAUUGGAGACAUUGAAGGAAUGCCAUUUGUGGAAGCAUUCAGACAAUUCCAGUUUAAAGCAAAAAGAGAGAAUUUCUGUAAUAUCCAUGUUAGCCUUGUCCCUCAGCCCAGUAAUACUGGAGAACAAAAAACCAAACCCGCCCAGAACAGUGUCCGCGCACUGAGGGGGUUAGGCCUAUCUCCGGAUCUGAUCGUCUGCCGAAGUUCAACGCCCAUUGAGAUGCCAGUAAAGGAGAAGAUUUCUAUGUUUUGUCACAUGAAGCCCGAAUUGGUCAUCUGCAUCCAUGAUGUUUCUUCUACAUACCGAGUGCCUGUGCUUCUGGAGGGACAAGGCAUUGUCAAAUAUUUUAAAGAGAGAUUGAACUUGCCCAUUGGAGAUUCUGCAAGUCAUUUGCUUUUCAAAUGGAGAAAUAUGGCUGACAGAUAUGAACGGUUACAGAAAACGUGCUCCAUAGCUCUGGUUGGCAAAUACACUAAGCUCAGGGAUUGCUAUGCCUCUGUGUUCAAAGCCCUGGAGCAUUCAGCCUUGGCCAUCAACCACAAGCUGAAUCUGAUGUACAUAGACUCCCUCGACCUGGAGCAGAUCACCAAAACGGAGGACCCAGUAAAAUUCCACGAAGCUUGGCAGAAGCUGUGCAAAGCUGAUGGUAUUCUUGUGCCCAGGGGCUUCGGAAUCAGAGGAACAUUGGGAAAACUCCAGGCAAUUUCUUGGGCAAGGGCAAAGAAGAUUCCUUUUCUGGGAAUUUGCCUUGGGAUGCAACUAGCAGUGAUAGAGUUUGCAAGGAACUGCCUUAACUUGAAAGAUGCUGAUUCCACAGAAUUUGAACCAAAUGCCGCUGUUCCUCUGGUGAUUGAUAUGCCGGAACACAACCCGGGAGAUCUGGGAGGAACGAUGAGGCUGGGAAUCAGAAGAACUGUCUUAAGAACUGAAAAUUCAAUAUUGAGAAAACUUUACGGUGAUGUUCCUUUUAUAGAAGAAAGACACAGACAUCGGUAUGAGGUGAACCCUAACCUGAUCAGCCAAUUUGAGCAGAAAGGCUUCAGUUUUGUAGGUCAGGAUGUUGAUGGGGAGAGAAUGGAAAUCUUUGAACUGGCAAAUCAUCCCUAUUUUGUUGGUGUCCAAUUCCAUCCUGAGUUUUCUUCUAGGCCGAUGAAGCCUUCCCCUCCAUACCUGGGGCUAUCACUUGCGGCAACUGGGAACCUGAAUGCCUACCUGCAACAGGGAUGCAAACUGUCCUCCAGUGACAGAUACAGUGAUGCCAGCAAUGACAGCUUUUCAGAGCCGAGGACAGCGGACUUGGAAAUGAGCUGAAAUGGGUGUGUGACUCAGAAGAAUGGCUGCUCCCUGACCAGCUGCUGAAGUAACUGCAGUCAAGACGAAAGAACUAUGCGAAGAAAUCACGACACUGUUACAGACUCCGUGUGAUCUGCACCAGCCAUGGGAUGUAGA